AACCCUACAGGGAACUCUAGUUUAAUAUCAUUAUUCACCAUACAUAUAUACACACAGAUACAAAGAAAAUCACACUUCGUAUUACUUAACCAAUUUUUGCGCAUAGAUGUAUAAAGUACUGUGAGGCUUUUACAAAGUAAAACGGGGUGGUGACUGAUUUCUGAAGAAGGGUCGAGACCCGAAACGUAAGCUUUCCUGCUCCUCUGAUGCUGCUGGGCCUGCUGUGUUCAUCCAGGUCGACACCUUAUUAUCUCAGAUUCUCCAGCAUCGGCAGUUUCUACUAUCUCUGGUGACUGGCUAUUCAUCUGUAUAAACAGACAAGCACAACUGAUUAUGUCAACAAAAAUAAAAAUAAAGAACUGCAGAUACUGGAAGUCUGAAACAAAAAAACAAAAAGUGCUGGAGAAACUGAGCAGGUCAGGCAGCAACAAAAACAAAGUUGCUGGAAAAGCUCAGCAAGUCUGGCAGCAUCUGUGAAGGAAAAAACCGAGUCAACGUUUAGGGUCCAAUGACCCUUCCUCAGGUCAGGCAGCAUAUGUGAAGAGAAAAAAACGGUCUGAUUUUUUCACAGAUGCUGCCGGACCUGCUCAGUUUCUCCAGCACUUUCUGUUUCUGUUUGUGACGAUACAAACUUAUGCUUCUCCCAGUAGUCCAAACAUUAAUUUGCCACGUCCACAUCUGUGCUCAGUCAAAUAAUGCGCAGUCAUAACUCCAAGUCCAGAGAUCGACUCCCACCGAAAACGCACCAGACAAUUGAACUCUUUCCUCUAAAAGAGCAACGUGAGGACAAUGUUUCUGAGGAGGUUCGCGUACAGAAGGACGAGCCUCAUUGCUCGUAAGCGUCUGUUUGACAGCGCUUUGCGUCGUUCCGUAGGACGCGGUGCGACUGGUCUGUUUGUGAUACUGACGCCCUAUCGGCAGAAAACUAAACCGAGAUGGAAUCUCCCAGUCUGAACCGGUUACAACCGGUUACUAGUUUUGCCAGAGAAGCUUUCGAGGUUGUUAGUAGAACACGGUCUGCUACAAAAACGCUCUCGAAACAUGAAUCGGAAGAGAUAAAAAAUCUUUCUGAAAAAAAGAAUUGCAGCAAGUUAUUUCUUGCAGUAAUCUAUGCCAGCCAUAAUGACAAUUUUGGCAGACCAUGCAGCUCGCCAGCUGCUGGACUUCACUCAGAAGCUUGAUAUAAACCUUCUGGAUAAUGUGGUGAAUUGCUUGUAUCAUGGAGAAGGUGCACAGCAAAGAAUGGCACAGGAGGUCUUAACUCAUUUAAAGGAGCAUCCUGAUGCAUGGACAAGAGUUGACACUAUUCUGGAAUUUUCACAAAAUAUGAACACCAAAUACUAUGCCCUGCAAAUCUUGGAAAAUGUAAUAAAAACCAGAUGGAAGAUUCUGCCCAGAAAUCAAUGUGAAGGCAUUAAAAAAUAUGUUGUUGGGUUGAUUAUAAAAACUUCAUCUGAUCCUGUUAACAUUGAGAAGGAGAAGGUUUACAUUGGAAAACUAAAUAUGAUUUUGGUUCAGAUACUCAAACAGGAGUGGCCAAAACAUUGGCCCACGUUCAUCAGUGACAUUGUUGGUGCAAGUAGAACCAGUGAGAGCUUAUGCCAGAACAACAUGAUUAUUCUUAAAUUACUGAGUGAGGAAGUGUUUGAUUUUUCCAGUGGACAGAUGACCCAGGUUAAAGCAAAGCAUUUGAAGGACAGCAUGUGCAAUGAAUUCUCUCAGAUAUUCCAGCUGUGCCAGUUUGUCAUGGAAAACUCUCAAAAUGCACCGCUUGUUCAAGCUACCUUGGAAACGUUGUUGAGAUUCUUGAACUGGAUUCCACUUGGAUAUAUCUUUGAAACAAAAUUGAUCAGUACAUUGAUCUAUAAGUUCCUGAAUGUGCCCAUGUUCAGAAAUGUGACUCUGAAGUGCCUGACAGAAAUUGCCGGUGUGAGUGUCAGCCAGUAUGAAGAACAAUUUGUUACUCUGUUUACACUAACAAUGAUACAACUGAAACAGAUGCUUCCUUUGAAUACCAAUAUUAGAGUGGCUUAUGCUAAUGGAAAAGAUGAUGAACAGAAUUUCAUCCAGAAUUUGAGCUUAUUUCUUUGUACAUUUCUGAAAGAACAUGGGCAACUUAUUGAAAAACGAUUGAAUCUAAGAGAAACACUUAUGGAGGCUCUUCACUAUAUGCUGCUUGUGUCAGAAGUGGAGGAAACUGAGAUAUUCAAAAUUUGCCUCGAGUACUGGAACCACUUGGCUUCUGAACUUUAUAGGGAAAGUCCAUUUUCAACACCUGCAUCGCCUGUGCUUUCUGGAAGUCAACAUUUUGAUGUUCCUCCAAGAAGACAACUUUAUUUGCCAGUGUUAUCUAAGGUUCGCCUUCUAAUGGUCAGUCGCAUGGCUAAACCAGAAGAAGUACUUGUGGUGGAAAAUGAUCAAGGCGAGGUUGUACGAGAGUUCAUGAAGGAUACAGACUCUAUCAACUUGUAUAAAAAUAUGAGAGAAACUCUUGUAUACCUUACUCAUUUGGAUUAUGCAGAUACAGAACGUAUUAUGACUGACAAACUUCACAACCAGGUAAAUGGUACUGAAUGGUCAUGGAAAAAUUUGAACACCCUCUGUUGGGCUAUUGGCUCAAUUAGCGGCGCUAUGCAUGAGGAAGAUGAGAAGAGAUUUCUGGUGACUGUAAUAAAAGAUCUUUUAGGACUGUGUGAGCAGAAAAGGGGUAAAGACAACAAAGCCAUUAUUGCUUCCAAUAUCAUGUAUAUUGUGGGUCAGUACCCACGUUUCUUGAGAGCUCACUGGAAGUUUUUAAAGACUGUUGUUAACAAACUCUUUGAAUUUAUGCAUGAAACCCAUGAUGGAGUUCAAGAUAUGGCUUGUGAUACUUUCAUUAAAAUUGCACAAAAAUGUCGUCGCCACUUUGUUCAGGUCCAAGUUGGUGAAGUAAUGCCAUUCAUCGAUGAGAUCCUGAAUAAUAUAAAUACUAUAAUCUGUGAUCUUCAGCCACAGCAGGUUCACACAUUUUAUGAAGCGGUUGGCUAUAUGAUAGGUGCUCAGACUGACCAGGCUGUUCAAGAACAUUUAAUAGAAAAAUAUAUGAUGCUUCCAAAUCAGGUCUGGGACAGUAUAAUUCAGCAGGCAACUAAA